AUGACAUCAUUCAUCCCAUUGUUUUGUUCAUUGGCUCUAUUAGUACUAUUCAUCAUUGUCAUUAUUAUUUAUGUUAAACUCUAUGCAUUGGAAGAGGAAAAUAAUCAUCAAAGAAAUAGUUAUAAUGGUGCAGAUACCAUUUUAAUUAUCAAUCAUCAUAAUGACAAUGAUGAUAAUGAUAAUGAUAAUAAUAAUGAUGAAACCAGACGAUUAUUAUCAAUUAAUCAAUAUGACAAUGAUUCAAAUGAUACAAACAAUACAACAACAUCAAGCAAUUACGAUAACAAUUUCUUUUAUGAAAGUGAUUCUUAUUCUUCCAAUAUCGAUGAUGAUGAUAAUAACAACAAUACGAAUAAUAAUAAUAGUCAUCAAUAUUUUCAAUUAACUUCAAUUACUAAUAAUAUUAAAUCAAUUUUAAAUCAAAACAAUCAAAUCGAUCCAUUAUUAUUACUCAAACAGAAAGCAGCCAUUAUAAUACAAAAAUAUGUUAGAGGAUGGUUAGUUAGGAUACACUAUGCCGAUUUUUUUAAAAAGAUAAAAUAUAGGAAAUUUAUUAUCAAAGAGAUUAUAAAUUUUGAAAAGACAUAUAUUUCUAAAUUGACAAUGUUGAUUGAUCAUUUAAAGACACCAUUACUAGACAAUCAUUAUAGGUCAAUGAUAUCAUUGGACAAGGUCAAUCAACUAUUUUCAAACAUUGAUGAGAUUUUACAUCUCCACAAGAGUAUUUUGGAAACAUUCACUUCUUCUCAACCACCUUAUCUUGUUGGAAAGAUUUAUAUUGAUAUUUUACCAUCAUUUAAAAUUUAUAUACCAUAUGUUAAAAAUUAUAAUAAUGCAUUCAAGAUUUAUUCAUCGUUGGCAGAUGAUGAAGAGUUUUCUCAGUUGAUAGAGAUAUUUGGAUUUUUGCCGAGUUAUUUGAUUCUACCGAUUCAGCAGACACCUAGAUAUGUCUUGUUGUUUUCCGAUCUUUUAAAACACACUAAUCCGCAGAAUCAAGACUAUGACAGUCUCAAGGUGCUGAUUGACGAGGUUCGCGCGACUGCCUCUAGCAUCAACCAGUGUAUUUCUACGAGUGUAGAGGAUGACGACGAAGAGGACAAUGAGGUGAUGGCGCCACGACCAACGUCCAAGAAUAACCAUCAUUCUACUCCUCCAAGACGUCCAGCGAGUGCGUCUAGUAAACACAGACCACGCAACAGCAUCGCUAUGCAUAAAGAGGCGAUCAACUCGAUGCUACAGUCUCCUCCACCCACAUCAUCACACAAUCCAGCCGACUAUGCACACCUCCCCUCCUAUCUACGUCCCACCAAAGCAUCGGCUGCUUGGAGUCGCCAAAAAGUAGAGUAUACUCCACAACCAGUGUGGAAAUCAUCGGGUACUGGCAACGACUAUAUCACAAACUACACCUACCAAUCAACACCAUACGUUGAAAAGGGAUCACCUCUCUUUAUCGACCGUACACCUAGCAAGGGUCAACCCGUGUGGCGUCCAAACAGUCCAUCCCCAAAGUCAUUCAACUACCCCAAGGAAAACUAUACCCGCUCAACCAAGGUUCAACCCAACCGUCCAGUCUCUCCACCCCCCAAACCAAACUUUUUCAAUUAUCCCGAUCUUUCUAGUAGUAGCAGUAGUAGUAGUAGUAGUCUAAGUAGCAGCAACACCACUUCUCCAAUGUCUUCUGGUAUUUCAUCUCCAUCUAUUUCCUCUACCUCGUCUUCUGAAGGUGUAUCUUCUUUCAAACCACCACUUGGCAAAAAACAAUUAAGUUCAAUUUCUCUUUCUACUACUACGACUACGACGACUAGUAAUCAUAGUAGUGGUAGUGGUAGUAAUAGUAUAGCGACAACUCCACCAAUAUCACCAAAUAAUCAUCUUUCAACAACAGAUAGGGUAAAGAACUUUGAAUCCUUUCCCUUCGAAGCAGGCAUGAUGUUUGUCCAUAGUAAGGUUUGUGAUAGAGCACUAUCAUCGUGA